CGAUUCAGUUGAGGAAAACAUGGAGUCCGUCUGAGGACUGAUUGUAGAAUCAGUUUUGGUAAACAGUAACAGGUAACAGUUUUAGAGCUCUGUAGUCGGUCUCCGACAGCCAGAAAACAACAUUAAAGCGGGACUGAACGUUUCGGUUUGCGUCGGGUGUCCCCUUCACUUCCCUGUUGGACAGACUGCGUCGUUGUUCUGAUCGGAGUCUCUGCAGUGCGUCGACAUGUUGGAAGAACCGGGACCUGCGUGGUUGUCUGAGGAGGUGAAAACCGGAACCACCAUCAUCGCCAUCGAGUUUGAUGGAGGGGUCGUGCUGGGGUCCGACUCCCGAGUGUCUGCAGGGGAGUCCGUGGUGAACCGGGUGAUGAACAAGCUGUCUCCACUCCAUGACAGGAUCUACUGCGCUCUGUCAGGCUCUGCAGCAGACGCUCAGACCAUCGCUGAGAUGGUCAACUACCAGCUGGAUGUUCACAGUAUGGAGAUAGGCGAGGACCCUCAGGUUCGCUCAGCCGCCACUCUGGUCAGGAACAUCUCGUACAAGUACAAGGAGGAGCUGUCAGCACAUCUCAUCGUGGCCGGCUGGGACAGAAGAGAAGGAGGACAGGUGUUUGCAACCCUGAAUGGCCUCCUGACAAGACAACCUUUUGCAGUCGGUGGCUCAGGCAGUUCUUAUGUGUAUGGGUUUGUUGAUGCCGAGUAUCGCAGAGCAAUGAACAAACAGGAGUGCCAGCAGUUUGUCGUCAACACUCUUUCUCUGGCGAUGUCCCGCGAUGGCUCCAGUGGUGGCGUCGCCUAUCUUGUCACCAUUGAUGAACACAGCACAGAGGAGAAAGUCAUUCUGGGAAAUGACUUACCCACCUUCUAUGAUCAGUGAUCAAUGUGUACUUUUUCAUCUCUGGUCUGCCAAAACACUGUUGUGCAGGAUGCAGUUAGGCAUUUGUUUCAAUCACAAUAGCUAAUAAAUAUUGGACAAGAACACUUUUACUCUUAAUUGUAAUAAAUGGAAAUAAAACAUUG